AUGGACUCAGCAUCGUUCGAAGACGAGAAAGACAUCAAGACUACGGAAGUGGUCAAUGAACCGCGGUUCACAGAGGAGCAAGAGCGUCGAAUAGUACGCAAAUUCGACACAAGACUCUUGCCGUUUCUUUCAUUCAUGUACUUGUUCUCAUCCUUGGACAGAUCAAGUCUUGGCAAUGCUGUCUUGGACAACUUUGAAGCAGAUCUGGGCAUGACCGGCAACCAACUUAAUACCGCUGUUACUAUUUUUUAUGUGGGCUUCCUCACAUUUCAAAUUCCCUCCAACAUAAUGCUUAAACGAUAUAGUGCAAAAGUCUGGCUGCCACUGUUAAUGGCGAUUUGGGGAACAAUUGCAUGUUGUCAUGCCGCGUGCAAAAACUAUGCUCAGCUGUUGAUCUUGCGCGUUCUUUUAGGGUUUUUUGAAUCCGGCUUUUUCGUAUGUGUUGUAUAUUUCUUGACGACAUUCUACAAAAAACAUGAGAUGGCAACUAGAAUUGCUGUUUUCUGGGGAAGCACUACCGCGGCUCAUGCAUUUGCAGGUGUCCUCGCAUAUGGUAUCUUGCAGAUGCGGGGGAUAGGAGGUUUAGCUGGGUGGCAGUGGCUAUUUCUGAUUGAAGGCAUACCUACAGUUCUUGUGUCCUUUGUAGCAUAUUUCUACUUACCGGUUGGACCUUCCACAUGCCGCUGGCUAACAGACGAAGAAAAAGUACUGGCGGUAGAAAGACUUGAAUCUGAGGGUCCCAGCGGGCAUCAGAGUCUUGCAGACAUCAAUCCAAGCAAUCGCAAGGAGGCAUUUGAAGCAUUCAAGGACUGGAAGGUGUGGUUCUACAUGGUCAUCUUCUUCUGUGGUAGCGUUCCCAACACUUCAGUUUCCAAUUUCCUCCCCUCCAUCGUCAAAGGAAUGGGAUACAGUAACAAACUGGACGCCAAUCUCAUGUCCGCACCUCCAUAUGUUUGUGCCGUUAUUGUGGUCAUUCUCAUUGCUUAUUCAUCUGACCGACUACACGACCGUGCAUUCCAUGCUAUAGGCGGAGCUUCAGUGUGCUUCUUAGGCUAUGUGUUACUGCUUACGCUUGUCGGCAACAGCGCACGGUACGCUGCAGUGUGUCUGGCGGUGGCAGGUGUGUUUGUCAUCAACCCGGUCGCCAAUGCAUGGCUCACAGGCAAUAUUGCUCCAAGCAUGAAGAAAAGUGUGGCUACAGCCAUGGUGGUCAUGGCCAACAAUUCUGCCGGUCUGGUUGGUUCGAAUAUAUACCUUUCAACCGAUGCUCCCUAUUACACCAAAGGCCACGCCAUCAACCUGGGUUUCAUCAGCUUGUUUAUUAUCCUGGUGUGCGUCCUUAGAUUCCUCCUGUGGCGUGAAAACAAAGCCAGGCAACAGAAAUUAGACGCAAUCGAGGCAGCAAACGAAGUCGAAGUCGAAGGACGUAUUGGCGAUCGCCGAUUGGAUUUCCGUUACGCUUUGUAACGCUCCAUCAUGCAUUGGAAGUGUUCUAUACUACGCUUUACAUAAUUAAAAAUAAAUAGUCAGAUCAGUUUUUUAAUUUUCUAUAUCGAAGGGAUCUUUUAUUGGUGCGUGCAUGCAAGAAAGGAUGGUUAGGCCAGGGUGCUUGAGGGUGAGUUACAAAAUGGCUGGCACCAUUACAUGACUGAAUGGGAGAGUUUUCUUUGACA